AUGACGCACGGCGACUACCACGAACUUUACGAUGGCCCGCUCUUCGAAGGCGCUGAUUCAUUUUUCUUCGACUCGGAAGUCAAUAGAAACCUCGAGGACCGAACAAGUAUUGAUGACAUCCCCAAUAUGGUUGCUGCUUCGAAUCUCAACAUGGACACGGCGUCUACGGACAAUACUGCAUUCCAAUACUCAGACUCCAGCUACGGGUAUUAUGACACCAGCGGUUUCUUGUGGUCAAGACAUAUUGGAGCUGGUUUUGAAUCUGUGGUGUCACCGCCAUAUGAGGGACCAGUCGAGACUUCCGAAGCUGUCCCUACAGUUUCGGUAGCCCGUGAAGCGGCAAGGAUUGUCAAGCCAGAUAUUAGGGUUGAAGUGUACGACGAUAGCCUCGGCACAUGUCAGCCAGCUAGACAACACCAAGGAUACCUCACAGACUCAUCUUCGGGUUACAUCGCAACACCCGAUCCAACAGAGGGGACCAGCAUCGAUACCAACUACGAGCAUGAUGAUAUCCAACGGGAACAUUCGACCCAUGCUGCAUAUGCUGACCCUUCUCAAUACCCUAGUCAGAUGGACUGUGAUCUCGCGGGCUUGAGACUACAGGCUUCUGCUUCGGAAAUAGCUAGGCCACACGAUGGGGUGUCUUCGCCCUUGCUGUCGGGAUCUUUUACAAUGGAGCGGUCGUUUCCUCUCCACAUGUAUACACCUGAUGGCAACCCAUUCGGUGGAGUUGAAACACGAUUUAUCGAGACAUCACCUGGCGUGUACUCCAGCGAUCAUGCCGGCCAUCCAAACUCUGCCAAUAGUCAAAUCCCAUCUAUGUAUGAGAGGUUGUCUCUUGGACUGGUAGGUGGUAUGACAGUGAGUCGACCAAGUAGCACAAAUACUGCAGGCGUAUUGUCAAACCAACACACACACUUCGAACAACCCAUGUUUCCGACCAGAGGCUUUUCCACCGCCAUGUUCAACGGAGUCUCAACCGGAUUCGAUGAGCGGGAAUCGCAACCCAGUAGUUUGUGCAGGUUUGUCACUCCAUCGUCCCAAAUGUAUGUGUACUAA